AUGGGUAAGAGCAACAAGGAAAAUAAAAGGAAGGGCAAGGAAGUGGCCGAUGAGAUCACUAACGCCGCUGAGACAUUAGGCGACGCAGAAGGAGGGAACAAAGAUGCCCAGAAUCCAGCCAGACAUGUGGCUGGAGAGAAACAACCGAAUAAUGAUAAGUCGGAGAGUAGCGGUGCUACGGACGUGAAUGGGCAACAGAAUGUCGUACCAUCGUCCCAGGAACAGUGGGAAACGAUGAAGGCAAUGAUGGCACAGUUGGACGUGCUGACAAAGGCGUUGGUACCGGAUCCUGUGGUACCAGCGGUACGUUCGGAGAUCAUCAAAGUUAGUCCGAUAGAUUCUCCAAGAAAAAGACGGGGCUACUUGGAUGCGUUGGAGCAUAUGUCGAGACUGAAGACAAAACAUUUUCCGGGAAGUUCGGAUCCGAUCGUGGCUGACGAGUGGAGAAGUGGACUUGUAAUGAAUUUUAAUUCCACUCGCUGCCCAAAGGAGUAUCAAAAGGACAUCGAUGUCCAUUUCCUGGAAGAGGAAGCACAUGACCGGUGGGUGUUAGUUGUGAAACGGAAAGGUGGGCAAGUUAUAACCUAUGUGGACUUUGAGAAGGAAUUCAACAUGAAAUUCUUUCCUCCGGAGGCUUGGGACCGACUGGAAAGUGCGUACCUGAACCUGAUACAAGGGGAUAUGACGGUACGUGCAUAUGAUGCUGAAUUCAAUCGCCUUGUUGGAAAAGAGAUCGAGGUUGAGAAAGCACAAGUCUGUCACUUUAUCUGCGGAUUAAGGGUGCACAUCCACAACCAUUGCGUGAAUGGUGUCUUUAACUCGGUCGUGGAGGUAGUGGAAAGGGCGGCUAUGAUUGAAGCCGGGUUGGAGGAAGAGAAACAGCUUAGACGCGAGAGGGUUUCGUCGCGUUCCACUAACCCAGUCAAAACCAUCGACCGAAAAAGGAAAUUGGACAAGGUGGAUAACGCAAGGUCCGAUGCCAAGUUUAAGGAGUGUAGGAAUUGCGGAAAAUACCACAGCGGUUCUUGCUGGAGGGUCGUGGGUCAUGUGUUCGUUGUGGAAGCAAGGAUCAUGCGAUCCGGAACUGUCCAAGGAUGGAAAAUGGCGAUGGGCCAAGGUCCUGCUUCUUGUGCGGAAAAGAGGGACAUAUUAAGAGGGAAUGUCCGAAGCUUGACGAGGGCAGACAGAACUAUCAGUGUGGGAACCGUGGCGAGGAAUCUUUACCGCCACCACCAAAGAGACAGGCUGUUGCACCACGCGUGUAUGAACUGUCCGAGGAAAAUUCUGCUGCAAAUUACAGGGCGAUUACUAGGAAAGGUGAGUUCACACAUCGGAUAUGGAUUGGUUCGAGCAGCCGGCGGGCAGGUGAUGUACCCGUACGGUGUGGUUCGUGGAAUCUCAGUCAUCGUCAAUGGUGUCGAUAUGCCUACUGACCUGAUCAUUGUUCCACUCAUGAAACACGAUGUUAUCUUGGGGAUGGACUGGUUGGGAAAGUACAAGGCUUACAUUGACUAUCACCGAGGGUGA